AUGCCGGCCAUGCCAGUCCAAGACAGAGGACCUCAGUUUGAGCUCAGGACUCCAGGUGAAGGUCCUCAUCACUGUUGCUGUGGAGAGAAUCAAAUCUGGAUCCUGGAAGGCGAUCCCUCAGACUUCAGGGUGCAACCUCAUCAUGGAAGGACUCCUAGGGUCUCAGCCCUAUCAUGUCAGCACUUGGGAGGUGAGAAGCAGAGAGGAUCAUGGGUUACAGGAUACUUCAUCAAGGCUGUGACACCUCUUGUUUCUUGUCUGUCUACACCCAGGGCUCUGCCCUUCCCACAGGGCACCCCAGAGCCAAGUGUCAGCAGAAAGCCCACCCAGGUCCAGACCUUUAUCCCCAGUCUGAUGUCACAGGCAUUGAACUUGACCAAACUCCAGGCAGAGACCAAAUGUAACAUCUGUCUGGAUGACCUGCAAGACCCAGUCACCACAGAAUGCGGACACAACUUCUGUCAUACCUGCCUCACAUCCUUCUGUGCACAAUGGCAAGAAUGGUUCCCCUGCCCGGUCUGUCGACAGCCAUGCAACAUGAAGAAUCUCUCAAACAAUAUCCAGCUUGGGGUAAUGGUUGAAAUGGCCCAGGAGCUGUAUAACUUGACAAGCAAGAGCAACAACAGUCAGGAGACCAGUACUCGAUGUGAGCAGCACGACCAAGUUCUGACCUUCUUCUGUGAGGAGGACCUGCAGCUGCUGUGUGACCAGUGCAUCGGGUCUGGGGGCCACAGCAGCCAUCAGGUGACCCCCGUUGCAGAGGCUGCCUCUCAUCACAGGACAGAGCUUCACGGAAUGAUCAUAUCCCUCCAGGGGAAACUAAAAGAGGUUCAAGAGUUAAACACCCUUCAAAUAAAAAAAACCUGGAAGUUAAGGCAUCAGGCAGAAGCCCAGAGGAAAGAACUGACAGCUGAAUUUCAGCAACUCAGCCAGUUUUUACAUGGGGAACAGCAGGCAGCUUUCUCCAGGCUACGGGAUGAGGAGAGGGAUCUCAAGCAGAAGCUUAGUGAAAACAUAGCAGCAUUGGAGAACCAUGUUUCCACAGUCAGGGGUCUCUUUGGCCACGUGGUGGCAGGCAGAGCACACUCAGAUGUAGAAAUGCUGUCGACAGUCAAGGACUUCUACCAGAGAUCUGAGAGUCUUUGCAGCCCCGACAUUGUCCCGGCUCAGAUAGAAAGAGAAGCCUACAACUUCCCUCCUCAGUAUUCAGCUCUGCAGAAACUGAUACAGCAAUUUACAGUUCAGGUAACUCUAGACCCAGAAACAGCCCAUCCAAACCUGCUUGUGUCUGAGGAUAGAAAAUGUGUCACAUUGUUAAUGAAAAAACAAGAUCCUCCGGGUUCUUCAAAAAGGUUUACCGAUAGCCCUGUUGUGUUGGGGAUUCCAAAUUUUAAUUCUGGGAGACAUUACUGGGAGGUGAAGGUGGGAAAGAAGUCCGAGUGGGCUAUUGGUAUCUGCAAAGCCAAUCUGUCCCCUGGGGCGAGGCAGUCCUUUUCUGCCCCUCUGGAAUGCUGGAGGAUCCUCUGGCAGGGUGACUGCUUUGUGGUCUCAGGAGCUGCUGACCCAAACUCUAAGCUGAAGGUCACAACACCCAGAACCAUUGGCAUUUUCCUGGACUAUGAGUUGGGAGAGGUCUCCUUCUACAGCAUGCCUGAGAAAUCUCACAUCUACACUUUCAGGGACACUUUCACUGAGCCCGUUUGCCCUUAUUUCUACCUGAAACUUCAUUCAGAACCACUUAGGCUGUGCUCUGCCUCAGAUGGCCCUGAUUGGUUCAUGGUAGAGGAGGGAAAGAAGGGAGAGGAGGAAAAUGCUGGCUCUGGAGAACAAACCAGCAAACAAACCACAACAGAUUUUCCCUCACCUGAUCUGCCCUCACUCAUACCAAAUGCCCAUGAGACUCUAGAAGAAAACAGGGAGCACCAGGAACGAUGUCUUCUCUCAGCAGCUGACUGUGGCAAGAACGGACUGGUUUGA